AUGUCUAUCCCAAAUAUCUACCGAAUCGCUUCAAUAUUCAGCACAAUUCUAACAACUUGCACAAAUCUGAUUUUAGUCAUCCUAACUGCACGGUAUAUUAAAAAGAGGUUUGGUGUCUACAAGUAUCUUAUCAUUAUUUUCUCAACAGUGGGAAUAAUUUUUGACGCGACUGGUUUUCUAAACUCCCCGGUAACUAACGCGGCUCUCCAAAAACAAAAAAUUUUUUAAAGAUGCUUCACUCUUUUGAUUCUGGAUUCAUUCACCUUAGCCCAAUCGAGAACUGUUUCACAAGACAUUCUGAAAACAAUCCUGGUUUUGACUGCCAGUAUCUUCCUCUCUUCAACAUCAAUGUUGACCGUAAUGUUCAUCCAAACCUGAGCAAUUGUUUCAUUUUCAAGGGAAGAGAUUGGUUUUUUGGUUAAGCUAUGUGUUAUUUUUCGGAGUGACGUGCUUCAUUUUGUUGUUCUCUCUCGGUGAAGUUGAUGGUUACACCAAAGAAUAUGUUAACAAAGAUUUCAUUGAGACUUAUGGUGUUGUGAUUGAUGAAAUUUCUGCAUUUUCUUUUAUUGUUUUGGACAAAACUUAUAAAAGUUAUCGAUGCCAACCAAUUUUUUAUAUAAUCUUCGUCACUUUCACAAUGCUAUUUCAAAAUGCAAUAAUAAUUUUCUGCGGUUUCAAAAUCCGCGGUAAACUUUACAACGAUAAAUGCAAAUAUUCCCCAGUUCUUCUAACUCUUCAUCAACAAUUUUUCAAAACUUUGGUUCUUCAAGUGACAAUUCCAACACUAUUCAUCUUUCUCCCAAUAUUCCUCGUUUUCUAUGCUCCAUUCUUUGGGUUCAAAAUGAGUGUUUCAUCUUCAAAUGUGUUUUUCCUGUUUUACAUGUAUCCAGCGAUUGAUUCAAUUAUUGUGAUGUAUGUUAUCACGGAGUAUAAAAACGCUUUGAGAGGUUUGAGAGGAAAAGGAAAAUUGGGUUGAUUUUUGAUGAUUUUCAGAUCUUCUAUCAGAUGUUUUUUGCAUCAAAAAUUUCAAUUCGAGAGUGAAUGUAGAUUUUGGAUAA